UUAAGGUCUUUUUUUUGAAGCGACAAGUCUCACACUCACAGUCACGGAUACAGUUCAAUCUCCUCCUCUCCACUUUCUUCUCCGAUCCAAACUCGCUAUCACAAGAUUGUAUAUUUAUAUUAAAAGAAGAAGUUAUGGCUAGUCUUGUAAUGGCCACACCAUUCCCAGGUUCUCUCACUCAACGCAAGAAAACAAACAACCUGUCCCUUCAGAGAGCCUUUAAGGUAACAUCUAUGCAGACACCGUUGGAGGAGCUGUACAAUGUUAAAGUGGAACGGAAAGUGUCACAGAGACGGUUAGAGGAGCUAGGGGUUUCGAGAUGGUCAGUUUGGAAGACUGGGAAGUGCAAACUGCCAUGGGACUGGCAGGUGGAUCAGUUGGUUUACAUUGAAGAAGGAGAGGUUCGUGUUGUUCCCGAAGGUAGCAAGAGGUUUAUGCAGUUUUUGGCUGGAGAUCUUGUUAGGUAUCCGAAAUGGUUGGAGGCUGAUCUUUUCUUCAAUGGUCCUUACAGUGAACGUUAUUGUUUCAAGGCCUAUGGUGAUGAUUGA